AUGUCAACAGCAAAAUUAGAUUUUAUUAGAGAAUAUGAAAAAGAAUAUCAAAAGGUAUGGGAAGAUAAUAAAUCAUUCGAAAUUGAUGCUUUAGAUCAAGCAGAUCCAGAACAUCCAAAAUAUUUAGCAACUUUUCCAUAUCCUUAUAUGAAUGGUAGAUUACAUUUAGGUCAUGCUUUUACUAUUACCAAAGCUGAAUAUAUGUGUCAAUAUCAAAGAUUAAAGGGUAGAAGAGUUUUAUUCCCAUUUGGUUUCCAUUGCACUGGUAUGCCAAUUAAAGCAUGUGCCGAUAAAUUAACAAAAGAAAUCCAAUUAUAUGGCAAUCCACCAGUAUUCCCAGUUGAAGAAAAGAAGGAAGAAGUCAAAGAACCAGUUGUUGCAGUAAAAGAAGAUCCACUUCAAUUCAAAUCAAAGAAAACUAAAGCAGUUGCUAAAAGUGGUGGUGCAGUUUAUCAAUGGAAAAUUAUGCAAUCAUUAGGUAUUCCAGACGAAGAAAUCCCAAAGUUCGCCGACUCUGCUUAUUGGUUAAAUUAUUUCCCACCACAUUGUGAAGCUGAUCUUAAAUUAGUUGGUGCCGGUAUUGAUUGGAGACGUUCAUUUAUUACCACCGACGUUAAUGGCUAUUAUGAUACAUUCGUUAGAUGGCAAUUCGAAAACCUUAAAGCAUUAGGUAAAGUUAAAUAUGGUAAACGUUAUUCAAUUUGGUCAACUAUUGAUGACCAACAAUGUGCUGAUCACGAGCGUAGUCAAGGUGAAGGUGUUGGUCCACAAAACUAUACACUCAUUAAACUUCAAGUUAAAGAACCAGUCCCAGAAUGUCUUAAACCAAUUCACGAACAAGGCAAAAAGAUCUUUUUAGCACCAGGUACACUUAGACCAGAAACUAUGUACGGUCAAACCAAUUGUUGGAUUCUACCAACAGGUCAAUAUGGUGCUUUUGAAAUGGGUAAUGGUGAUGUAUUUGUUUGUACCGAACGUUCAGCUCGUAAUAUGGCCUAUCAAAAUUUAACUACUGGUAAAGGUGAAUACAAAUGUCUUGCUAAAUUCACUGGUCAAGAUAUUCUUGGUGCCGCUCUUAAAGCCCCAUUAGCUAUUAACGAAACUGUUUAUGUUCUUCCAAUGUUAUCAGUUGAUGAAGAAAAGGGUACUGGUGUUGUUACUUCCGUUCCAUCAGAUUCACCAGAUGAUUAUGCCUCACUUCAAGAUUUAAAGAAUAAAGCACCAUUCCGUGCCAAGUUUGGCAUUAAAGAUGAAUGGGUCCUUCCAUUCGAAGUUAUUCCAAUCAUCGAUAUUCCAGGUUAUUCUACUACUUCAGCAAUCAAAGCUUGUCAAGAAAACAAUGUUAAAUCACAAAAUGAUAGAGCUCUUUUAGAUAAAGCCAAAGAAACUUGUUAUCAAAAAGGUUUUAAUGAUGGUAUUAUGAUGGUUGGUAAAUAUGCUGGUCGUAAAGUUAGUGAAGUUAAAAAGAUCAUCAAAGAUGAAAUGAUUGCUGCAGGUGAAGCCGUCGAAUAUAGUGAACCAGCCUCAAAAGUUGUAUCACGUUCUGGUGAUGAAUGUGUCGUUGCUCUUACUGAUCAAUGGUAUAUCAAUUAUGGUGAUGAUGAUAUCGAAUGGAAAAACCAAACUAUUAAACAACUCGAAAAUAUGGAAUUCUAUAACCCAGAAACCAAAAAGAAAUUUGAACAUGCUCUUGGUUGGAUGAAUCAAUGGGCUUGCUCACGUAGUUUUGGUCUUGGUACUCGUUUACCAUGGGAUGAACAAUUUUUAAUUGAAUCCCUUUCAGAUUCAACCAUCUAUAUGGCCUUCUAUACUGUUGCUCAUCUCCUCCAAGCUGAUAUCAAUGGUUCAAAACCAGGUACUGCUAAUAUUACCCCAAGUCAAAUGACUAGCGCUGUUUGGGAUCACGUUCUCCUUGGUAAAGAUUAUCCAGAAGGUUGUGCUAUUUCAAAAGAUACUUUAGCUCUUCUUAGAAAAGAAUUCACCUAUUGGUAUCCAGUUGAUAUUAGAGUUUCAGGUGCUGAUCUCAUUCAAAACCAUCUUACCUUCUUCCUUUAUACCCAUGCUGCUAUGUUUGAACAAAAAUUCCAACCAAAGAGUAUUCGUGCAAAUGGUUUUGUUUUAUUAAAUGGUAACAAAAUGUCAAAAUCAACUGGUAAUUUCUUAACUCUUGCUGAUGCUAUCACUAAAUUCUCUGCUGAUGGUACUCGUAUUGCUUUAGCUGAUGCUGGUGAUGGUAUUGAUGAUGCCAAUUUUGUCGAACAAACUGGUGUUACUGCUCUCUUAAAACUCCACACUCAAAUUCAAUGGAUUCAAGAAACCCUCGAUUCAAUUGAUAAAUUCCGUUCUGGUCCAUUAGAUCGUGUCCAAGAUACCAUUUUCGAUAGUGAAAUGAACAAUAUUAUUGUUGAAUCCGACAAAGCUUAUCAAAGAUCAAACUUUAGAGAUGCCCUUCAUUUAGUAUUCUUUGAUCUCCAAAAUGCCCGUGAUCAUUACAAAGUUACCACUCUUGAUCAAAUGCACAAAGAUCUCGUACUUAAAUUCAUCGAAAUCCAAGCUGUUCUCAUCUACCCAAUCGCCCCACAUUUUGCUCAAAAGAUCUUUAACAUUUUAGGUAAAGGUAGCAUCUUAGAUGCUCGUUGGCCAACUGCUGGUCCAAUCGAUUUCGAAGCCUUAAAGAAGAAUUCAUACAUCGAAUCAACCAUUUACAGUUUCAGAACCAGACUCCAACUCUUCCAAAAAGCCAAAGGUAAAGGUAAAACCGCUUCCGAUAAAAUUCUCCCAGAAAAAUCAACUAUUCUCUUUAGCAAAUCAUAUCCAAAAUGGCAACAAGAUGUUCUUGAAUAUCUUGCUUCAAUCUAUGAUGAAAAUACCAAAUCAUUCACCAAAGAUAAUAAUGCCAUUAGUGAAGAAUUAAGAAAGAGAGAAGAAUUUAAACCACAUCUCAAGAAUCUCAUGGGCUUUGUCGCUGCAGUCGGUCAAAACAUUAAAGAAAUUGGUAAAGAUGCUCUUCAAACCUCACUUACUUUUGAUGAAUCCGAAAUUCUCAAAGAAAACAUUGAUUACAUUUGUAAAACUUUAGAAAUCACUACAUUCGAUGUUCAAGAAUUUGCCGAUACAACCCAACCAGCUGCUGGUAAAGGUGUUCAAGCUCCACAACCAGGUCGUCCAACUUUUUCAUUCAUUUAA